AUGGUGUGUAAAACAGCUAAAGAUGCUUGGAACAGACUUAAAGAUCAAUUCCAAGGUUCAAAAAGAACUAAAGAGAUGCAAAUUAUGAACUUAACUAGGGAGUUUGAGAUCUUGAGAAUGAAGGAUUCAAAGAAAGUUAAAGAUUAUAUCAAUAAGCUCAUGCGGGUGGUGAAUCAUAUUAGAUUAUUGGGAGAAGAUUUAUCUGAGAGACGAGCCAUUCAAAAGGCUAUUGUAUCCUUACCAGAGAGGUUUGAGUCAACAAUAACCUCUCUAGAACGAUCAAAGGAACUCUCUAAGUUAUCACUCUCUAAUGUUGCUUAUGCUUUCCAAGCUGCAGAGCAAAAGAGAGUUAUGAGAAGUGACAACAUCACCGAAAAUGCCUUAUUUGCAAAGAUAAAAGGAAAAACGGUGGGAGAGUCAAGCAUGAGGAAGGACUCGGAUGAACAAGAGGAGAAAGAGAAAGGGGUUCAAUUAGGGAAUAGAAACCAGCAGAAGGAAGGGAAAGGACAACUCUGUUCUCAUUGUAAAAGAAAUGGUCAUGCCGAGGCUAGCUGUUGGUUUAGACCCAAUGUAAGGUGUAGAAGUGGUUCUUCGAACCACAUGACCCCAAAUGAAACUUCAUUUACUGAACUUGAUAAUCAUUACCGUUCAAGAGUAAAGAUCGGCAAUGGUGUGUUAUUGGAAGCAACUGGAAAAGGGUUAGCAGUUAUACAAACUACAACGGGCUCCAGGAAUAUUUCACUUUCUGAGGUAUAUUAUGGGCGUAGACCAAAAGAACUUCGAAAUAAGCUUCUUCGCAAGGCUCAAAUUAGAGUUCUGACAGGCUAUAGUUUACAUUCAAAGGCUUACAAGAUAUAUUUGGUUUAUUCUGGCAAGAUAUCUAUCAGUAGAAAUUUUGCAUCUGAUAAAAAUGGUGAAUGGAACUGGAGCCAAAGUCAGGUUGAUGAAGAUGAGAUAGUUGAUGAAGGUUCUAUUAGAGGAGUAAGAUCAAUCUUGGACAUCUGUCAAAGGUGUCAAUUGGCUAUGACAGAGCCAAGUUCUUUUGAAGAGAACUUUCUUGAUGAGCAUUGUGUCAAGUACCAAGCAUUGAUAAAUGUUGAAAAUGAAGGUGAGAUAGCUAUUAUUCACUGCAACAAAAGGGAGUAG